AUGAACGUCACAGGAGCACCAAUAGCGAGAACCACAGACUCUCCUUGUGUUCAAAUUGGAGCGAGUCCCAUCAGUGACUUCCUGAUGGCUAUUUACAUCCUGGCAUUUAUCUUAGGAUUGAUUUUCAACGUACUGACACUGAAGCCUAUUUGCCAUCAAGUAAAGCAGAGGAACGUCCUAGGAAUCUUUCUACUCUGCCUGUCUAUAUCUGACAUGCUUUACAUCUGCACAAUGCCUCUUUGGAUAAAUUAUUACCACAAGGACCACAACUGGGACCUGGGUGUUAUCUCCUGCAGCAUUGCUGGCUUCUUCUACUACUCUAACAUGUACAUCAGCAUCUACCUGCUGUGCUGUAUCUCUGUGGACCGCUGCCUGGUUGUGUGCCACCCACUGCGCUUCAAGACCCAUCGUACAUCGUGCUACGCAUGGGUCCAGUGUUCUAUUGUUUGUGCCACUGUUGUAACAAUGCACAUAGUCAUAUUAAUCUUUGACAAUGUCAAGCAUGCCCAUGAUAAGAAUGUCCGUUGUUAUGAGACCUACCCCAUGCAGACAAUUGUAGCCAUAUUUAACCUGGUCAGAGUGGGCCUUGGCUUCAUGUUACCCCUGCUAGUGUUGGCUGUGAGCUACUGGAAAGUGCUGGCCACUGUGGGCCAAAGCACUGGCCUGAAUGCCCAGGCCAAAAAGAAGGUCCGUCUGCUCUCCUUUGGUGUGAUUGGUAUCUUCUCAGUUUGCUUUGCUCCAUACCACAUUCUCUUGCUCGCACGCUCUCUUGUCUACUUCAAAGUCGGUGAUGAUUCACCCACAGGACUGUACUGCCAGUUUGAACAAAACACGCACUUUGCGUUCUCCGUCACGCUGGCGCUGUCCAGUUUGAACAGUGUGGUGGACCCAGUGCUGUAUGUGCUGGUCAGUAAUACAGUACGAGAAAAACUAAAAUUGUGCUGGAGGAGGGGACUGCAGACGCCAACGGAGGACUGCGCAUUGACUGCAUAUAACAGAGGAAAGCCAAAAGAGAAUAGUUUAAUAUGA